GUACAUUCAUAUCAUUUUUCUUCUGGCCCCCAUGGAGGAAGUGAGAAAGUUGGCACGGUCACCCAGGACUCCGAAGAGCCGGUCAACCGGUGAUAGAUGGACACGGCGAGGAUGAAUUCCUUCCUCGAUUAUCCGCCCAUCCUCAACGGCGAGUCCGCCACUUGCUCACCCCGGGCUUACCACCACCACCACCGCCACCACCACCACCCCGACCAUGGGAUUACCACAACCACGUUCCAGUCCUGCGCUGUCAGUGCCAACAACUGCAACGGGGACGACCGCUUCCUCGUGGGCAGGGGGGUCCAGAUCAGCCCCCAUCCCCACCACCAGACUGCUACCUACCAGCACCACCCCAACCUGGGGAUGUCCUACGCCCACCCGAGCUGUGGGCCCACCUACGGCGUGCAGAACUUCGGCGCGGGGGGCUACAGCCACUACCCACUCGCUCAAGAGGCAGAGAUUAAUGGGGGCUUCCCCCAGUGCGCUCCUGCGCUCUACUCCGGAAACGUCUCGUCGUCCGUGGUUCAGCAGCCCCAGGUUUAUGCUGGGGGCCCCGUGGGCUCUGCUCAGUACAUCCACCCCUCUUAUGGCGACGAGCAACAGAGCCUAACCCUAACCAAUUACAGCCACCCCCUGUCUCCACUUCAUUCGAACCACCAGGAAGGCUGCGGUUCCCCUUCGUCGGAGACUUCUCCUCCCGCCCAGACUUUCGACUGGAUGAAAGUGAAGAGGAACCCUCCCAAAACAGGGAAAGCUGGCGAGUACGGUUAUGUUGGCCAGCCCAACACGGUCCGGACCAACUUCACCACCAAACAGCUGACGGAGCUGGAGAAGGAAUUCCACUUCAACAAAUACUUAACCCGGGCUCGCAGGGUGGAGAUCGCCGCCUCGCUUCAGCUGAACGAGACUCAGGUCAAGAUCUGGUUCCAGAACCGCAGGAUGAAGCAGAAGAAGCGAGAGAAAGAGGGCUUGCUCCCCAUUUCUCCGGCCACCCCAACAGGAAGCGAAGAGAAGGCGGAGGAGUCCUCGGAAAAGUCCAGCCCAUCCCCCUGUACCCCUUCGCCAGCCUCCUCUACCUCAGACACUCUGACUACCUCGAAUUGAAAGACGCGCUGCUCCUCAUUCUCCCUCUAAGGCACAAUCUAAGAUUAAAUUUAUUGUGUUUCGAACUUAUCCCCUUGUUUAUUUUCCGACUCUCACGCAAUUGGCGGAGAGAGCAACCCAAACUCUCACCCUGAACCCUUUGAUCUGGAGACAAGUCUCAUUGAUUUGAAUGGAACUCUCUCACAAAUUUAGCAACUUUGAGGCUGAGAUCCUAUAAGGCCUGCAAGCAAGCUCUCUGGAAGCCAACAGGCCUGAGUAGGCAGGCCACAGGACUGCGCUGUUAAAUCAUCCCUAAAUCCCAUGAAAAGGAGCGGGAUGGGACUUUGUGACUAUUUUAAACUCAGUUGAUUUCAAUGGGAGCUGGCUCACGUUGGCUGGGUUGUGGCCCAGGAGUUUAGGACCUCACUCUGAGUAGUUUAUUCAGUAUCAUUCACUAAGCCUGCCUCAGUUCCUCAGGGU